UUCAAACAAAGAUUAUAUAUCAUCAUUCUAUCAAAAAUAAGAACAAGAGUAAGACAAAACGAAGAAGAUAAAAUUAAGGAUAUGGCUAUGGAGUUUAGUACUAUUACGUCAAUUUCUUUGUUGUUAUUGUUAGCACAAACAAUUAAAGCUCAGUCUGGUGUUUUUGAUGUAACAAAAUAUGGUGCCAAGGUGGGCAACACCGAUAUUAGCCAGGCUAUAUUGAGUGCUUGGAAAGAGGCAUGUGCCUCAACAAGUGCAAGCAAAAUUGUGGUACCUGCAGGGACAUAUUUGAUGAAUGAAGUGACCCUUCAAGGGCCUUGCAAGGGUCCUAUAGAGCUUCAGAUCCAAGGGACCCUCAAAGCCCCGGACGAUCCAGGCCAAUUCAAGCAAGCCGGCUGGCUUACCAUCCAACGUGUUGAUCAGUUCACACUUUCUGGUACUGGAACUCUCGACGGCCAAGGUCCCACUGCUUGGAGCCAAAAUCACUGUGACAAAAAUCCCGAGUGCAAACAAUUUGCCAUGAACAUGAGGUUUAACUCUGUCACCAAUUCGGUGGUCCGCAACAUAACUUCCCUGGACAGCAAGAACUUCCACGUGAAUCUUUUGGGUUGCAAGAACAUGACUUUUGAUCACUUUACCAUCACAGCGCCUGAAAACAGUGUCAACACAGAUGGAAUCCACAUCGGGCGCUCGAGUGGGAUCAACAUAAUAGACUCAAAGAUAAAGACCGGAGAUGAUUGUGUCUCAGUUGGCCAUGGCAGCCAACAGAUAACCGUCGAGAGAGUGACCUGUGGGCCCGGCCACGGCAUCAGCGUGGGAAGCCUCGGCCGGUACAAAAAUGAACAACCCGUCAGCGGUGUCACAGUCAAGAACUGCACCCUGAUCAACACGUCGAACGGUGUCAGGGUCAAAACGUGGCCCGCUUCCCCUGCUGCUGGGACCGCAGCUGACAUGCAUUUCGAGGACAUUAUAAUGAACAAUGUCGGCAAUCCUGUCGUCAUCGAUCAAGAGUACUGCCCUUAUAACCAGUGCACAUCAAAGGAGCCAUCACUUGUUAAGAUCAGCAAUGUGAGCUUCAAGAACAUUAGGGGAACUUCAUCAACCCGCGUGGCGGUGAAGCUUGUUUGUAGUAAGGGAAACCCUUGUGAAAAUGUGGAGAUCGGUGACAUAGACCUGUCAUACAGCGGAGCAGGAGGCCCGGCUACCUCACAAUGUGCCAACAUUAAGCCAAGUUUCUCAGGAAAACAGAAUCCACCUACAUGUGUGAACUCUGCUCAAUCUUCUUGAAAAUUUCUAGUAGGCCUCAUAUAUUAUUCAUGCUUGAUUGCUUGGUGAAUUAUGUUGUAAAAACUGUAGGGAAAUAUAUAGUGAUACGAUGAGCUAGUCUGUAGUUGGGCUUCAUCAAGUGGGGUUUCAAUUCCCACCCGCUAUAUCAAUGUACUAUGGAAAAAAUUAGAAUCAUAGUGUAUAUUUUAUGACUCUGAUGAGCAUAUAAAGUAAAAA